AUGCCCAGCUUCGGAAGCAACACCAACUCACCCUCGCUGCAAAAGAUGGAGAUGGGAGGUCGUUAUACUGGCGGCAAGAAGUUCGCCUUUGGCAACAUUGCCGGUGACCCAUUCUGGCUGGGCACCAUAGGCAUUGGCAUUUCUGGCUGGAUCAUCGCCUUUGUCAGUUCGGUCAUUGCCGACAUCCAGACCGACUACCCCAACUACUCCUGGUGGUGCUUGGUCUACAUGUUCUUCUGCAUCCUUGCCGUCAUCUUUGUUGUCGGCGCCGAUUGUGUUUUCACUUACCAUGUCGGCCUCACCGCAUUCCUCUCCGCUGGCCUUGUGUUCACGACCUCUUCUGUCAACUCCCUCAUCUACUGGCCCGAGCCUGCCAAAGAAGCUGCCGCCGCCGGUUUCAUCCUGCUGUCUAUCGAUGCCAUCAUCUGGAUGUUCUACUUCGGCUCUCAGCCGCAAGCAAGCCACCGCCAAACCCUCGACUCGUUCGCGUUGCACAAGGACCGUGCGCCGAGCCGCAACAGUAGAGCUAUGCGGCAGUCGUACCGCCCAGAGACGACGCAUUCUGCUGGCCAGCCCCAGCACAUGUACACGUCGAACCACCUCGCUGGCUUCGAAACCGCCUCGCCAGUUACCGGCUACCAUGGAGGUCCAGCCGGAGCCUCGAACCGUGCCAGUGCCAUGCCGCCGCCGUUGAACUCGCAGCCAAGUGGUGCCCUUUCGCAAGGUACUAACGGCGCUUCUGCUCCUCUAGGCACUCAAGACGGUUCGGUUGCCGCACCCACUGAAUACCCAUACCGCGCCAAAGCCAUCUACAGCUACGAGGCCAACCCCGACGACGCCAACGAAAUCUCCUUCACCAAGCACGAGAUCCUGGAAGUUAGCGACGUUUCAGGCCGGUGGUGGCAGGCAAAGAAGGAGAAUGGGGAGACGGGUAUCGCCCCUUCCAACUACCUCAUCUUGCUCUGA